AUGGGCCAGCCACUAGAAGCUACUAGAAGGCCACUAGAAGGCUACUAUAAAGUCGUUAGAAGUAAAAUUAAUAGUGUCAGUGGAACUUUUAUUAUUGCAAAUUCUACUGGAAAGCUGGAAAUUCCUACUGUAAGCCAAAAUUGCCAACACUAA